AAUAGCUAUAGUGGACAUUUCUUAGUACUAAAAAAAGCAUUUAGGCGUCAGUGUUAACACAAGUAUCACUUCUUACUUCGAACUAAGUCGGAAAGAAUGUUUUGUACUGCAGUUUUAUACUUCUUGAUCCUUCUGGUACUUCCCGAUGCCGUUGAGUUAGUUUGUGAUGGCAACAAUUGCAAAGACUGCGUUAAAUCAAGUAUUAAAUGUAGAUGGUGCAAGAGAGAUGGCGAGUGCCAUAUGCCAGGCGCCAUUUUCACAAACCCAUGCAAGAGAGCUGAGAAUAUAGUCGAGGAAUCACAUUGUGGUAACACACUAUCUCGAUACAAGCCAGAGUUAUCCAUGAAGAUGUUACUUCUGUCAGCGGCAGCGUAUGACCCGAUUGAUCCUCAGGGAUGUCUAAAUAAUUCUCUCUCAUCUGCCAUGUUCCAGCUUCGAAUUGUCGUCACAAGGAAAUGCGACAGCUCUGGUAACAAAUGUUCUGCCUAUGUUGCCGUUUCUCAUUCUCUGAAAGCUAUUGCUGUUGCUUUUCGCGGAUCUUUGGAUUCUGAUCAAGCGUUAGAAGUGUUUUUUAGCGCUUUAACUAAGCCUAAGGAAUCUUUUUUGGGUGGCGAAGUUCAGUCCUACUGGAAGAAAGGAUUUGAGGAGUUAUGGACUUGCUUAAAGGAGGAAGUAAAAGCUCUCGUUACCGUAUACCCAUCGUAUCAAGUAUGGGUGACUGGACAUUCUCUUGGUGGCGCGAUGGCAUCAAUGGCAAGUGCCUGGCUCGCCUAUUACCAUGUUGGUUCUCCUACAAAUAUCAUAUUAUACACGUUCGGAAUGCCUCGAGUUGGAAAUUACGAUUAUGCUUUGGAGCAUGAUAAGCUUGUGAAUAACAGCUGGCGCGUUGUCAAUUAUGAUGAUCCCGUUCCUCAUUUUCCAAUUUUGCUAUCCCCGAACGUCGUCAUCCUUAAUAAUCCUUACCAUCACGGAGUGGAAGCUUAUUACGAAGUGAGGGCCGCCAGCCCAUAUUCACAGCACAAGGAAUGCCAUGGCAAACCAUACAACGAAGAUGCAUCUUGCAGUUUCACAACAGUGCCGUCGUUUCUCGAUUUAGAAACACACAAGGUCUACUUCAGCAUUCCAGUUGGAACAUUCUGGAAGACAAAGUGUCUUCGCUCGAGGCGCAAGAAGAGAGACACAACGGAAAAUUCUAAUACAACUUCACCGAAUAGUUUUCAGUUUAAAGAUGACGUAUGCUCGAAGUACAAAUACACUAACCACACGUAUGUUCAAGUGGCCAAACCGUCCCGCAGUACAGCUAACCCCACAUAUGUUCAAGUGGCCAAACCGUCCCGCAAAACAGCUAACCCCACAUAUGUUCAAGUGGUCAAACCGUCCCGCAGUACAGCUUCAAAGCUGAUUGGAACCCUUCAUUUCUUUUUGCUCCUGAUACACAUUUCUACCUAAAUACUGGUCAGUAUUUGUUCUUAUAAAAGAAAAAAAAUAUUAUACCCUCAUGGAAGCUUCGUUGUUACUUGCCAUUUGCAGUCCAUAGAUAUAUACAAGCUGUCGAUAGUUGUCAGUGGCAGAAAGCAUCGUAAUUCAUUAUAAUUUAAAAUAUUGUAGGCUGCACUCUUUCAGACAUCUACCAGUGGCAGYRWGCAUUKUAAUCCAUUAGAACUAUAGAUAUUGUAUGCUGCACUCUCUCAGCCAUCUACCAGUGGCAGCGUGCAUUGUAAUCCAUUAGAACUAUAA